AUGAAUGCAAAUGAUCAAACAGCUGCAAAUCGUCUAUACGAUGUUGAAGUAAAAACGGAUCCUUUUGCUAUAGUUGUUAAAAGGCGAUCGACAAAUACUAUCAUUUUUGAUUCCAGCGUAUCUGGCUUCAUCUAUGAAGAUCAAUUUUUGGAGAUUUCUUCCAAAUUGCCAUCCAAGUAUUUCUAUGGCUUAGGUGAACAUGAACAUCGGUCCUUCGUCCAUAAAAACUGGGACUGGAAACGUUGGGGAAUGUUUGCUAGAGACGAAUUUCUUGGGCCUGAUAAAAAUUUGUAUAGUACACAUCCUAUGUACUUAAACAUCGAAGAUAAUGCUGGUAACUCUAACGUUGUUCUCUUAGCCAAUAGCAAUGCUAUGGAGGUAGUUUUAACGCCUCUUCCUGGUAUCACAUGGAGAACUAUCGGCGGCAUAUUAGAUUUCUAUAUUUUUCUUGGUCCUUCUCCGGCAGAUGCAGUCAGCCAAUACAUCAAGGAUGCACAGAUCGGCAAUAAUGAAACUAAUGGCACAUAUCCUCCCUACGAUGAAGGAAUGCAAAGAAAUAUCUUUAUUCGUCAUAGCGAUGAUAGAAUGAUUGUUGGCAAGGUAUGGCCUCGUGGAACUAGCGUGUUUCCGGAUUUUACUAGUGACUCGACAAAAACUUGGUGGAGAAAUAUGAUUGUUGAUUUCCGUAGAACCAUUCCAUUUGAUGGUCUAUGGCUCGACAUGAAUGAACCGGCAAACUUUGUCCCUGGAUUGAUUGUCGGUUGUAUUAACAAUCAAUACAACUAUCCUCCAUAUAAACCAAAGGCAAUCAUUGGAAAGACUUUGUUUAAUCAAACUAUCUGUAUGGAUGGCAAGCAGGCUUGGGGAAGUCAUUAUAACACCCACAGUUUAUAUGGAUAUAGUGAAAUAGAGCCAUCUUUACAGGGUUGCAAUACAGCGACGGGAAAGCGAAGUAUCAUGAUUAGUCGCUCGACUUUUGCUGGUAGUGGUUCCUUGGAGUUUAACCUAUUUGGCAUACCAUUUGUUGGCGCAGAUAUCUGCGGACUUUUUGGAAAUGCAACCGCUUCGCUUUGUAAUCGUUGGAUGCAAUUGGGAGCUUUCUAUCCUUUUGCUCGAAAUCAUAAUACCAGAGGAAACUCGCCUCAACAUUCAACAGCAUUUGAUACUCAAAAUGCAGUAAAUGCUAGGAAAGUUCUGCUCAUACGUUAUAGAUUGCUACCUUAUCUGUAUACCUUAUUUUAUGAAGCAGCUACAGAAGGAAAGACCGUUAUGCGCUCGUUAAUGAUGGAGUUUCCAACAGAUUUAAUCACGUGUUCCAUUUAUAAACAAUUUAUGUGGGGAUCUGCACUGUUGAUUACUCCGAUUUUGGAAGAUAAUGCAAAUAGUGUCUAUGGUUAUUUUCCAAGUGGGCGUUGGUUCGACUAUUAUACCGGUGUAGAAUUAAAAACUAAAGGUAAUGUUUCGUUGAAUGCUCCUGCAGAUUAUAUUCCUCUUCAUAUGCGUGGGGGAAGCAUCAUGGUCGUACAAGAACCGGCUAAUACUACAGUUUACUCACGAAAAAAUAAAUUUACUAUUAUUAUUGCUAUCAGUGCUAACAACUAUGCAGAAGGGUCCUUCUUUUGGGAUGAUGGGGAGAGCAUAGAUACUAUUAAGAAUAAUCAAUAUACCUACAUGACUAUGAAGGCUACUAAGGAUACUUUAACUGUCAACAUGGUGAAGAAUGAUUAUGCCAUUGAACCAACUGUAAGCAAUAUUUUGGUUUACGGUAUAACAGUUCCCUAUAUUGUAUCGGUAACCGUGGGUGGCGAAUUUAAGAAUCAUGUAUUUAAUUCUAAUACUAGGGUUAAACGUGGAAUAAAUAUCAAUAUGGUAGUCAAAAGAAUAUCUAAUCCUUACCUUUAA